CAUAGUUCUCAAUGAUGAAAGCAGAGCAAACCACUUUUGUCUCACAAAUAAAAGCAGGUCAGACAAUCUAAAGCUGUCCACACAAAGCUGACACAGCCAGGACACAGAGCCAAGCCACAAGAUGGAGAAACUCUUACUUUUGAUUGCAGUGAUUGCAACAUGUUCUGCAGAACCUGAAGAUCUGUCAGGCAAAGUGUUUGUCUUCCCCAAGGAGAGCAACAGAGAUCAUGUGAAACUCCUGACAUCAAGAACCAGUUUCAACUCUGUGACCGUCUGUCUCAGAUUCCUCACAGAUCUCAAAAGGAACUACGGGCUCUUCUCUUUGUCUACACCCUCGCACAACAAUGACUUUGUGCUUUUUAAGAUUAAUUCAGAAGAUGUCAUCAGGAUGCAUGCCCGGGACGGGGGCACAGACUUCCUGUCGCUGUCAUUUCCCACCAACACCUGGCACUCAAUGUGUGCUACCUGGCAAUCUGAGAAUGGGUUGGCUCAGCUGUGGGUGGAUGGCAAACCAACCAUCAAGAGAUUUAUCAAAGAUGGGCAGCCCAUCACCGGAGCACCCAGCACCAUCCUGGGCCAAGAGCAGGACGCCUAUGGUGGGGGUUUCGAUGCAAAUCAGUGUUUCAUUGGUAUGAUUACUAAACUCCACAUGUGGGACCGUGUCCUCUCUGCCUCUGAGCUUAAGAACUAUAUGAAUGACAAACACUUCACCCCGGGCAACGUGUUUGACUGGACCUCCCUGGAUUAUGAAAUCACAGGGCAGGUUCUGGUUGAGGAGGACCCAGAACUUAUGUAACAGGGUGUAAAACAGUGAUUCAAUCAUUUGUCGUCAUUGCAUUUGUUGCAGCAUUUGCUAUAUCGUGAAAAUUAUGUUCUCUAGAGAUAAUUAAACUCUAAACACAAAGAUGGAGCUAUUUUUUUCACAAACAUGUACUAAGAGGUAGUUAGAUAAUACUCAUGAAUGAGGGGCCCAAAACCAAGAUUUAGAAAAUAUGUUUAAUCCUUUAAAAUCAGACAUGAAAACAUCACCACCACAUAACUGAAACAUGGCAGGAGGGACAGGCAGCACAUAUUGCAUGAGAAGGCAUUUCCGUGACUCCUAUGUACAUAUACACAUUUUAUACACAGUAAAAAUAUAGUAAUUGAAGCAUAUAGGACAACCAGCAAUGUUGGCUCGUAAGCCGUGUGAAACAUUCAUGUAGAAAAAGCAUGGGAGCUUUACAACCAAGAAUCGUCAUGGAGAGAAUAUAUCUAUCAUAUCACAAUCUAAAACAUGAAAUAUAAAAAGUGAAAUUGUCAAAUAGUUCCCCUUCAUAGGCAACACACGCUAUAAAGUUUUCAGACAUCCUUCUGUCAGUUUACAGUAUACGUACAAUCAUCUAAGGUACAUAAUACAACUUUAUCAUUUCAGCCUACAGCAAUCAAUCAUAUCAAUAAAUAUACUUCUUAGAGCUGAAAGGUGGUAGAUUGUGGUUCAUAUUGCAUUACUUCAAAUGUACUGUAGUGUCUACACCGCCCUAUAAGCACCGAAGGAUGAUGUUUCUCUUGUGCCAUGGGUGUAGUACAUAACAACUGUGACACAACAGGUCUGCAUCCAGCAAUUACACAGUACCACCCAUUUAAAAAAAUACAAAUUAAAAAAUGAGAGAAAAAAAAGGAAGUUACAACAUAAAACAUCAAACACAAGCUGUCACAAAAUAUAAUCUGGAUUUUUUUUUCUUUUCUUUUUUUCAAAUCAAAGAUUUUCUUGGAGUGUUUUUCUUUGGUGGCUGUUUGACUCUUAACCAACUAAAUACAACUUUAAAUGGAUCUGUUUGAAAUCAUCAGUAUUUUACAUUUCAGCAAAACAUCAGAAGUAAUCAAUUUCAAGUACAUUGUCCCAGCUAAACAAAGAUGGUUAAUAAUGGGAGCUACCACAAUUGUAGUAAAUUAAACUUUUCACAGGAUUUCAAGGGGAAUGUGGAGUUGAAAUGUCUCGAGCCAAAGUAAAAUAAUCCUUUGAUAAAGAAAAAUAAAUCUUUACAGGGACCAGGUUUACGUCAGAUAAAGCCUAUCAGACAUGAAAUUAUUUAACAAAACAAACCAUCUAGUUUAAUAAUAGAUCUUUAAAACACAGGCCAACCCAGUGUUAUUACCAUAUACAACAUAUCAGUCCAUGCAGGUGUCCAGGAGUGUCUCAUUUCAUCUUCAUGUCAGCUGUACUGGACAUUCCCUACUCUUUUCUUUGGUGCUGUGACUGGCUUAUAAUACAAAAGACUCAGUCAUGAAUCCUCAACUGUGCAUUAAUGAACAUGAGUAAUUUUCCUUCUUUCUAUAUUCAUAACUCACAUUUCCCCUUCCCCCACUCUGCUGCACAGACCACAUGUGCCUAACAAACAUCAACAGUAACUCAUUCAUUGAGAUGAUGUCUAAGAUCUUGAGUUCUGCUACACAUCACCUGGUAGUGAUUCAAAUUUCUGUAUCAGAAAUAUCUCAUAGGGUUUACAAAAAAAAAGAUUUCAGCCAAGCAGCAUAUGUGGCUUGUUUAGUGCCCUAAACAAUAAUAGGUAAACAAAGCUUAAUUUUUUAUCAACUGCCAAGUAAAAGCUGAGUAAGACUACUUAAAAAAUAAGUUUUAAACACGGUUAGUAAUAUUGGUCCAAGAUUUGGAUGUGGGCAGGUGUCAUUUCUGUAACCAGCAGAAAUGAAUAAUAAUAGCCAGAUAUCUGUUAUGUCUGAUGUCAGGGGUGUGAAAAGGUUUAGCUGAGCUGAUGGUGACUGAACAUGCAACAUGCACGAAACCAUUGUAUUAGUGUUUGUAUUAAAAUCUGAAAUUCUUUUAAACCCUUACAACUGAUUGGUUGGUCCAGACAUACAAAUAGCAGUAAGAUGACUUCAGCUGUAGUGAUAAGGCAGGUAUCUUUGUGUGACUACAACACUAACCUGUAAAAAAAAUGUAAGUUACAAAUCAUAUGUUAGGGGAGGGAUGAACAUGCAAAGGCACAGACAUGACAGACGACAGACAGUAGCUCGAAUGUUACUGUUUCAUUAACUUAACACCAUGACUUCAUUUAACAGCAUCUGCUGGCCAGCGAUGCUGUCGACAGCUCUUCUCUCUGUAUUGAUUUAUACUUCAGCACAUAUGGUCACAUCAGAGGGGGAGAUUUUCAGGGUUGUACAAAUGUGAUCUGCCAUGUUAAUAAGACACAUUCCAUAUAAGAAAAGACAAUGUUAAUGUACAUUCAGUAGUGGCAAGAUCUGGUUGAAUCUUUGCAGCACCACCGUGGCUUCCAGCAGAAUAACUUAUCACAAAAUGUGAAACAAAAAUUACCGUAGGGGUCUGGUUCAACCCAUCCCUUUUCGGCGUCUCAAAAAUCUGACUUCAAACUAAUACUGUACAUCCACAAUCAGUAAAAAGAAAUGCAUACAUGACUGCAGAGUCGACAGCAGCAAGUGUUGAUUCGAACAAUGACCACUGAUAGCUCAGAGUCCCCUCCCCCCCUUGCUUAGCACCAAGGGGGAAAUGGAUGUGCGGUAACAGGAAUAGUAGUGAGUCACAGAAAUGUGAACCCACCUAGACUGUGCGUGAACACACAGGAAAAUAUUCACACCCACAAACGCAGGCUAUGCCCUUCAUGUGCUCUUAAGUGUGUACGUGUGUUCCUGCUGAAAGGCUGUCUGUGCCCACUCACAUCUCUUCAUGCUGUGUGAAGUGGGCACGACGACUGACUCUUCAUGGAGAAUUUGACUGCCUUCACCAUGCACUGGUGACUGGAGGCUUUUUAGAAUAUACAGCUAAUUAUUUUGUUUAUGAUGACGUUGCGGCCGACAGACAUGUUGCCAAAACGACAGAAAAUCCUUGUUUAAUUGAUGUAAUGUUGCCGGGGCUAUUAAAGAGCUGCAGAUUCAGGGUCUUACGCCUUUUUUUUCCAGGUGUUUAUAAAAGACAUUGGGGCUUUGUGGCAGGCGUGGACAAAAUGUGUGCGCACAGUGACUUUGUUGAUGGCUGGGAAAGUCUAAGGCCUACUGCACCCUGUCUUCUUGAUCUUCCCAUCACUGCUUUCCUGACUGUCACAACCUCCACUGCACCUCACUGUAUCAUCCAGCGAUCCAUGUAUGUACUGUAUGUAUCGUGAGAAAACAACAUAGGUGCAACGGAGGGUCCACGGUGGAGACUUUAUUCUCUUUAUCCUUAUUUCCACCCACCUCAUCUUGGCCAGAAUCAUCUCAUCCUUAGAUGGCACUGUGUCUGUUUUUUUUA